AUGCCUGCUGUCAUACGAGCAAAGUGUAUUGUAGUCGGAGAUGCUGGUGUAGGUAAAAGUUCCAUGUGCCAGUUAUUUUCCAGUGAUGGAGCACAUUUUCCCAAAAAUUAUACAAUGACUAUAGGAGCAGAAUUUAUGAUAAAACCAGUAGUUAUACCUGACACUCAAGAUACAGUGGAACUGUAUAUAUAUGAUUCUGCUGGAAAAGAAAUUUUUUCUGAUAUGGUAAUAAAAUUUUGGGAUCAUCCAUCUAUGGUCAUUGUUGUGUAUGAUGUCACAAAUGAAUCUUCAUUUUCAAGUUGUGAAAAAUGGUUAGAACGUGUACGGUCUCAAAAGCCAGAUCUUAUGAUUACAGGUGUAUUAGUAGCAAAUAAAAUUGACUUAGAUCAAAGAAGAUUAAUAUCACCUAAAGCUGGAAAAGAAUUGGCACAUAGAACUGGAUUGGAUUAUUAUGAAUGUUCUGCAAAAGAAAUGCAGAAUGUGGACACACCCUUUUAUUUUCUAGCCAGUGAAUAUUAUAAACUUUAUCAUGAAAAAUUAGAAAUGUUUAAAGCUUGUGUAGCUUAA